AAGUCUUUUUUACAUCUGUGAUGUACUUAAAAAAAGCAUCAAGAAUGGAAAUACAUUAGUGUUGUUUUUUAUCAAUAUAAAUGUGCACAGUUUAUUUAAUGUGUUACUGUAAAAUUAUAAAUUUUAUAUUUAAUUGAAACGUAAUCAUGUCAUUGUUAAUUACACAAAUUUAUAAUUAACAAUAAGUCACGUGUCUUAUUAAAAAAUAAAUUCUUGGUUACAUAACCUAUUCAUCCAAACUAGUAUGCUAUUUUAUCAUUGAAUUGAUCAACAUGAACGGAACGAAUGUUUCAAUGGAUCUUUCAAAUGAGAAUUUUAAUUCAUUAAAAGCAUGUCAAGAAAUUAUUCUAAAUAGAGCACUAAAACAGGGAAUUCAAAGAAAUGAAGAACAAUUUAAAGUAUGGACAGAUUAUAAGAAGAGACAUAAGAAAGUUAUAGAAGCGUUGGAAAAAUUACCUUUAGAGUUAUCAAUCAAUUGUAUGGUACCUAUUGGUAAACGAGCAUUUAUGAAAGGAAAAUUGAUACACACUAAUGAAGUUUUGGCUUGUAUUGGAGAUGGUUACUUUGUCAAGUAUAGUGCUGCUCAAGCAAUUGCUCUAUGUAAUCGUAGAAUUCAAUCUACCGACGAGAUGCUCACAAAUUUAGAAAAGGAAAGAAAUUUAUACGAAAUGAGACAAUUUGUUUGUACGGAGUUGGAUGUUUUUGGUAAAAAUGAAAAGAAAGAUUUAACAGCUUACUGGGAUGAGAAAAAAUUAGAUGAUUGGAGAGUUGAACACAGACGACGAGAAAAGGAGUAUCAUCAAAAGUUGUCGGAAUUAAAGAAAAAAGAAAAAGAAAAGACUGAAAUUAAAACUGAAGAAGAUCUUUUUAGAAGAUUAGACGAGUUAGAACUUCAAGAAGAAUUAGCGGAUGAAAUGAAUAGAUUGGAGGAUGAAGAUGAAGAUUAUUAUGAGGAAGAAGGUGAAGAAUACAAUGAAUCGGAUGAAGAAGGAUAUGAUGAAUUCGACGAAGAAGAAGAAGAUAAUUAUGAAGAAAUAGAAAAAGAAUUGAAAAAAUUACGAGAAAUUCGAAUGAGUAGAAAAAUGAACGAACAAUCGACGGAAUCUAAUAUUAUAAAUAAUAUUGUAAAUACAAACAAAGAAAUAACUGCAAGUAAUGUAACGAUAACUGAAAAAGAAGUAGAAGAGAAAACUUUGUUAAAAACUAUUGGUGAAAUUUCUGAUAGUAAUUGUAAGAAUGAAAAAGAAUCAAUUGAGAAUACUCAACCAAAAAUUACGAACGACAUAAUAAAUGAAGAGAAAAUCAAAGUAAAGGAAAAGAAAAGAAGAGUAUCGUUUGCAGAACCAGAUAUUUCGAUAUUCGAUGGUAAUAAAGAAACAAUUUCUAUUCAAAAUCAAACUAAACAAAGUACAACAUCGUCGAAUGAGAAUCCAAACGAUUCUACAAAUAAUAUCGAUGAUGAUGAUGAUGAUAUUAUUAGAAUAGAAUUUAAACAUACGGACAAUAAUUUCUUUGUACCAGAAUCAACAGGAAAUGAAAUAAAGUCGCCUGGUGAUAUAUAUAAAAUAUUUUCAAAACCAAAAUCGAUAUUGAAAAGAUCGCCGAACGAUGUAAUGCCUUUGCAAAAUAUUUCUUUACCUACGUAUAGUUCAGGUGAAGAAGAAGAAGAAGAAGAAGUAGAAGAAAGUGUAGGCGUUAAACCUUCCGCAUAUCAUUCCAUCGUGAAGAAUAUUAGCGAGAAGAAAUUAGCAACGCCGAAGAAAAAGACAGAUGAAAUUAUUACAGAAAAGAAGAAGACAAAAUCGGUUAGUAAAUUUAAAAUGGAACGUUCGUCUUGCGUCAAAUAA